CAAAUAUGAAUGUUUGAAAAUUAAAUGCUGUAAAAUUGAUUUUGUAAGGUCGACAACCUAUUUGGCACAACAAUGAUUUCUUACACAAGCCUGCUAUCUAUGGGAUACGUUUUAUCUCAAUAGUUCAGUUCAAGCACGGAGUGGAGAGUUCUUACAAAGUUGCCUUUGCCAUGUAAUACGGUUAGAAGUUAUAUCCACGUGAUUUGAUUAUUGAUUAUUAAGUCGAUGAACACUUGGAUUAAAGUAACAGGAAGCUAAAUGUUGUACAAAGUUGUAUUUGUUGUUUUAGGAAUACUUUUCCACAUAUCAGAUUCUUCAAGUGUUUUAGAACCUGUCUAUGACCACUGUUGCAAACUUGGAAGUUCUGAAGCUCAGAAAUAUGCUACUUGUGCUGGUUUUCCAGUUCCUAUUACUGGAAUUCCUUCAGUUUUUCAGGCCAUCUGUCUUAUAGCAGUAGAAAUAUGCUGUGUUCGAAUUCAUAGGAUAACAAAUUGUAAAAAUGGAAAGGAUGCUGCCAAAUUAGGACAGGGUUGUGUUAUUGUUCCUGUUGUAGGAGGAGAAGCUCAUAAAGAUUGUUGUGAAGGAUGCAAACUUGGUUUAGCUGCUGCUAAAACAAACAAUGAAUGCAAGUUUAAAAACUUUUCAUUUGGAACACCAUGGGAUGAAUCUUAUUAUGAUUGCUGUAUUCAAGCUUUGGAUAAUAGUAUUGAUAAUACAAAUAAAAUAACUAAUCCCGAUGGACAAGAUAUCAACGAGUGUGCCUUGUUUCCUAAUCAGUUAUGUGCUCAUAUAUGCAUAAACACUCAUGGAAGUUAUCGUUGUGAAUGUAAUCCUGGUUUUGUCUUGCAUUCAAAUGGAAAAUCUUGUGUUCAAGAAUCAUCAAAUAACAAAUGUGAUACAAAUAAUCCUUGUGAGCAUAUUUGUGUGGAUACAGGGACUGCUAUUCAAUGUGAAUGCCAUGCUGGAUUUCAUUUAUUACCUGAUGGGCAAAACUGUGCAGAUAUUGAUGAAUGUGCUCAUAGAACAGAUACAUGUAAACGAAACAUUGAAAUUUGUCAAAAUACUGUUGGUGGCUUUGAAUGUGUAGAAAUUAAUUCUGGAAAUUCAGCAUCUAAUUGUUAUUUAGGAUAUUAUCUAAAUCAGGAAACUAAUACAUGUGAUGAUAUUGAUGAAUGUACUCUUGGAAGUGAUAAUUGUAACAGACAAACUCAGAUUUGUUCAAAUACAAUUGGUUCAUAUACUUGUAUCCCACACACAUUUGAAAAUUGUCCAGUAGGAUUUCGUAAAGAUUUAAAUUCUGCAGGCUGCUUAGAUAUUGAUGAAUGUGCAGAAGGAUUAGAUGCUUGUAAUCGUAAUGAGGAAAUAUGUGUUAAUACAUAUGGAAAGUAUCAGUGUGAACCAAAGAAAACUCAGAAUUGUCCAGCUGGAUUUAAGUUCAAUGAUAAUAAAGAAUGUGAAGAUGUAGAUGAAUGCCUUGAAAACAUUCAUGGAUGUGAUGAUACAACAGAAAGUUGUCAAAACACAAUUGGUGGAUAUAAAUGUAAUAUAAAAUGCAAUGAAGGAUAUGUCUUCAAUCCUGCACUGGCCAGAUGUGAUGAUAUUGAUGAAUGUGAUGAAUUGGAUCAAUUGUGUAAAGUUUAUGAAGUUUGUGUCAACACUCAAGGAAGUUACAGUUGUUUACCAUUAAAUCUUGCAAAAUGUCCACCAGGUUACAAAUUAGAAGUGGGAGUUACUACAGAACAAAAAUCAUGUAUAGAUGUUGAUGAAUGUGGUGAAAGUCUUCAUUCAUGUGAUACUGAACAUGAAAGAUGUAUUAAUGCAAUUGGAAGUUUCACAUGUGAAAGUAUUCAACAUUGUCUUCCUGGAUUUAGGGUUAUUGAAAAUCAAAAUGAAUGUAUUGAUAUAAAUGAAUGUACUGAAGGUUUAAAUAAAUGUGAUAAACUUCAAGAAGAUUGUAUUAAUACAAAUGGUAGCUAUAACUGUGUUAAAAAAACAGAAUCAUACAAUACACAAUGUCCAUUGGGUUAUCGUAUAAAUCAUACUGAAAAGAAAUGUGAAGACAUAAAUGAAUGUACAGAAAUUGAGCCUUGUUUAAAAGAUCAAGAAAAUUGCAUCAAUGUUCCUGGUAGUUAUCGUUGUCAAUUGAAAUGUGCACCAGGAUACAAAUAUAAUACAUCAUUUCAUUCUUGUAUUGAUGUUGAUGAAUGUGCCGAAGCUAAAGACAGAUGUGAUAAAAAUAGGGAAAAGUGUGUAAAUACUCAAGGUGGAUAUCGAUGUGAUAGAAAAGAUCCAUGUUUAUCUGGUUUUAAACUUGAUAGAAAUGGUGUAAAUUGCAUUGAUAUUGAUGAGUGUACAGAAGGUACUCAUAAUUGUAAUACUGAAACUGAAACAUGUUUCAAUAUUCCAUCAAGUUUUCAUUGCAUUGUUAGAUCUGAAUGUGGAAAUGGAUAUCAGAAAAAUAGUUUUACAAAUCAAUGUGAAGAUAUAAAUGAAUGUGCAAUAGGGACUCAUGACUGUAAUCUUGAAACUCAUUACUGUGUGAACAUUAUUGGUAGUUAUCAGUGUCAGACUAAAACUUCAAUAACUUCAUAUUGUGAAAGAGGAUAUGUAGCAGAUCCAACUACUCGUACCUGUGUUGAUAUUAAUGAAUGUAAUGAUGGAAAUCGAUGUUUAUCCAACCAAAAAUGUGAAAAUACAUUAGGAAGUUUUCGUUGUAUUUGUCUAGAGGGAUAUCAGAUGGAUCCAACAACUAAGACUUGCAACGAUAUUAAUGAAUGCCUUCUUGGAUAUCAUAAUUGCUUAACCACUCAGAGAUGUGAUAACACUAUAGGAUCAUUUAUCUGUGUUAGAAUAAUAAGCUGUGGAACAGGUUAUACAAUUAAUGCUGAAACUAGAGAAUGUGAAGAUGAUGAUGAGUGCAGAUUAGGUACACAUAAUUGUGGUCCUAGUUUUGUUUGUCGUAAUACUGAAGGAUCUUUUCGAUGUGAUCGCAUUAGAUGUCCUCCUGGACAAAAACUAUUGUCAGAUGGUACUUGUCAAACAAUAACAUGUUCCAGAGGAAUGGAAUCUGAUAGUAAUGGAAAUUGUAUAGAUAUUAAUGAAUGUGUCAAUCCUGGUAUUUGUCGCCCAAAUCAACGCUGCAUUAAUACUGUUGGUUCAUAUCGUUGUCAGAACUUAUUAACAUGUGGUGGAGGAUAUGAAGUAAAUGAAUAUGGGAAUCAGUGUGUAGAUAUUGAUGAAUGUUCUCGUGGAACUCAUGAAUGUGGUGCAAAACAAAUCUGUCGGAACAGGGCCGGUGGCUAUAUAUGUGAAUGUCCAACUGGAUACUUAAUGAAUGCUAAAAGAGAAUGCGAAGAUAUUGAUGAAUGUGUCCGUUUUCAUGGUCAAGUUUGUUCAGUAAAUUCAGAGUGCCAAAAUACAAUAGGAUCUUAUAUAUGUAAUUGUAAAACUGGGUUUCGACAGGGUGAAAAUGCCAGAAAUUGUUUAGAUAUAGAUGAAUGUUCUGAAACACCAAAUCUUUGUCAUCAAAAAUGCAUUAAUGUUUGGGGAUCUUAUCAAUGUACUUGUGAACAAGGAUAUUCCUUGGAAUCAGAUAACAGAACCUGCAAAGAUAUAGAUGAAUGUAAACUGUAUGAAGGAAGACGUAAAUUAUGUAUGGGAUUAUGCCUUAAUGAGCCUGGUUCUUAUUCUUGUGCAUGUCCUGAUGGUUAUCGGUUAUCUGGUGAUAAGAGAACAUGUCAAGAUAUUAAUGAAUGUGAGGAACAAGGAGUCUGUAGGGGAGAAAAUGAAGUUUGUCUCAAUGUUCGUGGUGGAUAUAGAUGUAAUGCUAUUAUAUGUCCACCCAAUUAUAUACGAGAUCCUGACCAUCGAAAUCGAUGCAAAAGAGCUGUGGUAAAUUGUCGGCAAGGAGAUGCUGAAUGUUUAAAAGCACCUCUCUCAUAUUCAUUCAAUUUCAUUACUCUUGUCUCCAACAUGCAAAUACCAGUUUCAGGUCAAUUAGAUUUGUUUACCAUGAGAGGGCCAAGAUUUUCUUUUACAUCAGUACAGUUUGCCUUAGAGUUGAAAAGUGCACGGGCUCCUGAAGGUAUCAAUCCUGCGUCUAGAGAAUAUUUUCAGAUUCGUAGGACAGCAUUUAAUGAAGUGAUGUUAUCAAUUGCAAGAUCUAUACCUGGUCCUCAAGAUAUAGAACUAGAAUUAAUAAUGAAAAUGUAUCAUAAUGGACUCUUUGGGGGAACUGCCAUUGCAAAAAUACUUAUAUUUGUUACACGUUAUGAAUAUUAAUUAUUCACAAAUCAUAUUUGGUUCAUAAUUUUAUUAAAAGAAUACAUUGUUAAUUUUUUAUUUUGAAAUUUUUAUUAAAAACAUUUACCUCAUUCUGUAACAUAAUAAU